UGGAAAUCAUGGCGGCGCACACGUGUGCACCAGCAGGAGUCAUCUGGCUGCACGGUCUCGGCGACUCUGGCGCCGGGUGGAGUAGUCUUCGCCACGAAUACUCCAACCUUCGCCACAUUCGAUGGGAGUUUCCAGAUGCUCCCACUAGCUACGUGACGUGCAAUGGCGGCCCGUGUCCGUCAUGGUUUGAUCUUAAAGAUAUCCCCAUCACACCUGCUUCCGCCCCCAACGAACCGUUGAAAGGAUUAACGGAUUCCGUAAAGAAGGUGCAAGAUGCCAUUGCUCGCUUUGGUGCUUCGGGAAUCCCUUCCGACCGCAUCGUCGUUGGUGGCUUCAGCCAAGGUGCACUCCUCGCGGUGUACACUGGUCUUCAAAUCGACACCCCUCUCGCUGGUGUGGUCGGUCUUAGUGGCUGGCUACCUUCUGAAAGCUACCUCACGUCGCUUCCGUCAAAGUCGCUCAAUGUUUUCAUCGGCCACGGUGGUUCCGACGACGUGGUGAAGACCCCCCUCGGCCGCACCUUUGCCGACCGCCUCAUCUCCUUGGGCCACAACGUCCAAUUUGAAACGUACCCGGGCUUGGCGCAUUCAGCGAACGACAAGGAGCUCAGAGAUCUCGAAGCGUUCCUCAAGAAGGUCCUGCCAUGAGAGUAAAUUUGGCGGUUCACACGAUCAUCACUUGCGACGACGAACGAGUUAGUCACCCGAUCAUCUUGACGUGAUGUUUACGUUUUUGGCAAUAUUGUCAUAACAACCCAGAGCUCACUUAGCGAACA